AUGCGCAUUCGUUACCCUUUCGCAGGUGCCUUUGCCUUCCUGCUCGUCGCAGCAGCUUAUAUCGGCCUCCUUCCCCAUAGCGAGUCUUCAACACUACCGACACAACUUCAACCGAAUGACAAGUUCCUCCACCUCGUCACGUUCUUCCUGCUUUCCGUCACCUUUUACUGGAUCUUGGAUACCACCCGCAAGCGCACGCUACACGUGACCCUUUUGGUCUGCACAUUGGGACUCGGUAUUGGUUCCGAGGUCAUCCAAGCCUUUCUUCCCAAUGGCCGAGACUUCGAUCUAUUCGAUAUAGUCGCCAAUGUUGUUGGCAGUCUCAGCGCCAUCGGUCUAUGUGGUUGGUACCACCGACGCAUGAUGGAACGCCGUCGGCAAAGUCGCUAUGGCCUGAUGGAAGAUGGCACUGAGGAUGUCGAGCUCGGAGGCGUAGCCAACAGUUCUCGCCGCGAGUCGGUAACAAUGGGCCCACAAGAGUCCGGUGUCACGAGCCUCGAGCAGGAGGUCGACAACUGGGACGAGAAUGCAGUAGACAACUGGGAUACUGAGGAAGGUCCAGAACAUGACCGAGAGACUGCUCCGCCCAUCUAUCAAGAAUCCAGCUCUGCCGAUUCCCAGCCGGCUGCGGUUCCCAUCGGGGCGAAGCGCAAUGAUUAA